AUGCACAACCGUUUCAGUUUUUAUAUAAGCUGUCUCGUGCACACACACACACUUCCCAUUUAUUUGCAGAUCAUAUUCUACAAGGAUAAGAACUUCCAGGGCUGCUUGUAUGAGUGCCAUGUGGAUUGCCCAGACAUGCAGCUCCCAGUCAAUUGCUGCAACUCUGUCUGGGAGCACUUGUGCAGAAAGAACAUCUACUCCUGCCAAGUGAUGGAUGGCUACUGGACCCUGUACACCCCCAGCUUCAGGGGUCACCAGUGGUUCAUCUAUUCUGGUGAGUACAGGAAGUUCAGCAAGGUUACAGAGUUUUUAAACAGCCAACUGCCUCAUUGUCCGUUUGAAAGACCUCCGUAUUAA